AUGCGCGCGGGAUGUCACUUCGAGGUGCCGCGAGAAAUUAUGCUGAAGAAAGCAGUGGUCAGUGUGAAAUCCAUGGACAAUGCGUGCUUCGCGUGGUCGGUGGUCGCCGUUCUGUACCCCGCAGAAAGAAACGCAGAUCGGGAAUAUUCGUACCCGCAUUAUACAACAGUAUUGAAUCUCACAAACAUUGACUUUCCGAUGACUUUAAAAAACAUUUCAAAAUUCGAACGUUUAAACGCUGUGUCAAUCAACGUGUACGGCAUCGAGAAUAAGCAGAUCCUUCCUCUACGACUCACAGGCGACAAGAAGGAGAAGCACGUCAAUCUCCUGUACCUGCAAGAUUCACGCAACAACGGUAUAGGUCACUUUGCGUGGAUAAAGAACCUGUCGCGCCUUGUGAGAUCGCAACUCACAAGAAUGGAGCACAAGAAAUACUUUUGCGGCCGAUGUCUUCAAUAUUUCGGAUCGAAUGAAAAAUUGCAGACGCACGAAGUGGACUGCCAAAAAUUGAACGAUUGUGCUAUCUGCCUGCCGAGCAAGAACGAUAGGUGGCUCGAAUUCAGCAAACAUUGCAACCAGGAACGAGUGCCGUUCGUCGUCUACGUCGACCUGGAGUGCGUCCUGCGGAAAAUGGAGCACGACAAAGAAAACGCAUCGUCGUACGAGUAUCAGCGGCAUGAAGUAUUCAGCAUAGGAUACUACGUGCGAUGCUCGUACAACUCGUUGUCAUCUUAUCACUUUUGUCGCGAUGAAAACUGUAUAGCAUGGUUCGCGCGACAGCUCAAUGAUUUGGCGCAUCGCGUCAAAGAUAUUAUAUCCGCCAAUGUGCCCGUGGAAGCUUUAUCUAAGCAGCAAUGGGAGGCGUACCGCAGUGCGACGCGUUGUCAUAUUUGUGAGAAACCGUUCGCGCCGGACAAUACGCGGGUCCGCGAUCAUUGCCACUUAACCGGUAGAUAA